AUGUUCGAACCAAAAUUGAAAUUCCUCGGUACGUUAAAUGGGAUUGGAUACACAGUAGAAAGAAAAAAAAGAAUUCAGUCCAAUGACUUGCGAAAUCAAGAAUAGUUUGGCUAGCUAUUUAAUAAAUUUUGUGAUGCAAAACUUCAAGAAUUGUAUACCUCUCAAUAUCUCGUAAAUUAACAAUUUAAACUCUUAUACUAGAUUAAGAGGAAGAAGAUUCGUAUCAUUUUAAACAUAAAUAGCAGAAAUUUUGUCAAAUGAUUGAGAUCUUGUAUCUGCAAGUUAAGUACUUAAACAUUUUACAUGUACUAUAUAUUAAUAUCACAAACAUUUAUGUAAGAUAUAAAUAAGUAUACGCAAUAAUUGCAGAAACUGAAAAUAUUGUAUUUUGUAAUUAGCAUAACAUGUAACAGUGUGUAAUGUAAUAAUUUGUAAAGUAAACACCUGUGUUAUUAUAAAACCACUUUGCCCAUUUGUUCAAAAUUGUCUCAUAAAUUAUCUUCGAGUUUCCGACAAACAUAAAAACAUAUGCAGUAUUCAUAUUUUUUUUUUUUUUUUUUUAACCGCAAAAUGUAGCCCGUCCAUUUAUUUACUUCCUGCCAAAUUACCGGAAACAUGCAGAAAUAACUCGUAACUACCAUUCCCAACAGCCAGAUACAGAUCUUCAAGCUUCGAAGAGUACAGAAUUAUAUACAUAUUUCAUAGUUAAUAUCUUUAGUUGCGCGAUGUUCUGCACCAACGACCAAGCGCCAGCAACUAAAUGGAUAAAAUCAUGCCGCCAAAUGCCAUGGAUGAUAAGUCUCGAAGAUCAAUACGUGACGGAUGAUCAAAUGAAGGCAGCGUACCAAAAUACACGUCUCGAGCAUGACGUACAACUCGACAUCAAUUCCAGCCCUAAACUAGCAAGGCUCACUCGAAUUAUGGUUACGCUGGGCAGGGCGAAUUCUCAUCCUGACGCCGUGGUUAACAUGAUGAUGGCUGGUGCAAAUAUUGUUCGUUUGAACAUGUCUCACGAGACGGAGAAGUGGCAUGCAAUCAGUACACAGUCCGUUAGAGAAGCAGGCAACAAAAUGUACGAACUGACGAGCGAGGUUUAUCCUUUAGGGAUUGCAAUGGAUCUUCAGGGCCCUGAAAUAAGAACCGGCGUAUUCCGUGGUGAUGAGAAGAGUAUAGGAUACGCUAAAUUAGAAGAGGGUAAAUCGGUGAAAUUGGUGACCGACGAUGCAGCGAAACGUGGAGGGUCUGCUAAAUGUUUCUGGAUCUCUUACUCUGAAUUGCCACGCGUGUGCCGAGCUGCGGACAGAAUACUGAUUGAUCGAGGCGCUGCUUUGUUGCAAGUCUCCUGCAUCCAAGCUAAUGAAAUCACGUUCGAUGCAGAUGAAAAAGCUGUGACUUGUAGGGUCGUUAAAGCUGGUAUCGUGAGAGAUAACAAAUUGGUACAGUUACUAGACAGUAUAGUCUCGUUGCCGCAAAUAUCGGACACGGACGCCGAGCACGCGAGACUGGCCUCGACGUUGGAAUGCGAUUUUCUCAUAAUGAAUCAUACACGUAACGGGACGAUGUUGCGCGGGAUGAGAAGUCGCUUGAAACAAAUGGGUGUUAGCAAAAUUUGCGUCGUGGCCAAGAUCUCCACGCAGCAAGGUUUGGAGAAUUUCGACGAGAUCUUAAGUUCAGCCGAUGCUAUCCUCCUCGACAGAAAUAAUAUCGCAGUGGACGUGGGCAACGAGAAAUUGUUCCUAGUCGAGAAAGUGAUAAUUGCAAAAUGCAUCAGGAUAGGGAAACCAAUUGUGUUAGGCUUUCAAGUAUAUAACGACGAAAAGUUGAAUAUUGACAUGAAUCUAAUUGCACACGCUGUUCUAAAUGGAGUCGACGGCAUUUUCCUCAAAACCGGUGCUAUGAACGCGAACGAUAUUACUAAAUUAUUAAAAGCCGUUGACAUUGUAUGCAGAGAAGCUGAAAGCGCUCGAUGGCAAAAGGAAAUUUUCGAUGAAUUAAGCUAUAAGUGGCUUAAUGAAAAUGAUUAUAUUUGUAAUGUAAUGGUCAACAUAGCGGAAUCGUUGCCUGAUUGGGGCAAAGACAUACAAACCCGCAUACAGACUGGUAUCGAUUCUCUCAGAAGAAAAAGAUACAUUAAAGUUGGCGAUCCAAUCGUGGUUAUUAGCGGAUGGCGUCAAGGAACAGGCUUCACUAACUGCGUGCGUAUAGUUUACGUGUCACCUGGACGAGUGAAAAAUCAAAUCGCGGAUUUCGAGCCUUGCUGUUGAGAUAUUUCACUUCUCCGUAUGUGGCACGAAUGACACCAAUUUUCUUCAUACCUAAAGCAACAAAUAAAGCACUUUUAAUUACGACUUUUAGUCAUUUUUCUUAUAACAAGUUUUUCCUAUAUAGAAAUUGCCCUACUGA